AUGACAGAUCGCAAUGAUGGUCUCAAACUGCCUACGCCUGGAAACACCGCUGAUGCGAAGCUGGCCUCACGCGAGUUCCACUUUCCAUACCCACAAGCCUACUCGAUUCAGCUCGACUUGAUGCGCCAAGUGUUCUCCACUAUUGAGGACGGCAACGUAGGACUCUUCGAAAGCCCAACGGGCACCGGCAAGUCGCUCUCGCUCAUCUGUGCGGCCUUCACGUGGCUCGAACAGAACGCACAACGGCACACAAGGGGAAGCAGCAUCAACAACGGUGGCAGCAGCAGCAGCAGCAGCGGCAGCACGAGCAAGAAUGCUGCCGCCCAUCAAGAGCCUGACUGGGUCGUUCAGCAUGAACGGGAUCGUAGGAGGAAAAAGCACGAAGCAUAUGAGCUUGACCUCAAAGACCGCAUAGCGCAGGCACGAGCAAAGCAAGCCGCACUCAAGAGAAGCUACCGAGACGGCCUCUUAGACGCCGAGGCGAGGGCUGCCAAGCGACAACGCAGCUCAGACGACCCCAACGCCGACCAUGAUUCGGACGACGAUCUUCUGAUCGACGAGCACGAGGGUGCUAAAGGCACACGGGCACUGCGAAUGGCGACGUACUCCAAGUCGGCUCUGUCAGAAAAAGCUACCGAGCUCGACUCGAAUCUGUCGCCUGCGGUUCGCGCACUCAUGCAGCAGUACGAACAAGCGCACAGCCACGGCCAGGAGGAGGAAGAGGAGCCCGAGACGCUGCCACGCGUCAUCUACGUCAGUCGUACGCAUUCGCAGCUCUCGCAAUUCGUCGCAGAGCUGAAGAAGACCUCUUUCGGCCAGAUCGACGUCAUCGACGCGGAGGCCUGGCCGAUUCGUACGAUCAGCUUGGGGAGCCGAAAGCAAAUGUGCAUCAACGAAGAAGUGCAGCGGAUCGGACGAACUCGAGGAUCAGAGGCUAUGAACGAACGAUGCCUCGAACUCAUGAAGGGCAAAAAGGGCAGGACUAAAUGCCCGUCUUUACCGACCUUCAAUCAGGCCGGACGAGCUCAAAUUCUCGAGUUCCGCGAUGCAGCCAUGUCCGAGGUGGGGGACAUCGAGGACUUGGUCGAGCUUGGGAAGCAGACCAAGACCUGUCCCUACUUUGCAGCCCGCAGCAGCGCGAAGCAAGCACAGCUCGUCACGCUGCCCUACAAUCUCCUGCUGCAGAAGGACGCUCGCAGCGCACUUGGCAUCAGCCUCGAGGGAUGCAUUGUCUUGAUUGACGAAGCGCACAACCUCAUUGACACCAUCCUCUCCACCCACUCGGUGACAGUCGACUCGCGGCAGGUCGCACAAGCAUCCAAGCAGAUCGACACCUAUCUCGACAAGUUCGCUCUACGUCUCAAGGGAUCGAACGAAUCGAACCUGCGCAAAGUUCGCAAACUGCUUUCGAGCAUGUCGACCUUCUUCACGGAGCAAGCCGCCAAAGGAAAGUCAAACGCAGAGACGGUCAUGACAGCCGCGGAAAUGGUGCGGAGGAUGACCGGCAGUAUGGACCAGAUCAAUCUCGUUACGCUGGAGACCUGGCUCAAGGAGAACCAGAUUGCGCGCAAGAUCAGCGGAUACGCGGACAAGCACAACAAGAAGGCAGCAGAGCAGUUGCAAGCGAAUGCACAACCGCGGCCCGGAGCCAGGAGCAAACAUUCGUCAAAGGGGACAGCUCAGAAUGGUAGCACAGACGUCGCACCAACCACAAAUCAAACUGCGAUUUCGAGCAUGCACGCCAUCGAGUCGUUCAUACUGUCGCUCGCCAAUCGCUCAGAAGACGGUCGUGUGGUGCUCAGCUGCACAAGCGACAGCUCGACGGACGAGAGCAUCGUGCGGGCCAAGUACCAGCUGCUUAAUCCUUCGCACAUCUUCAAGUCCUUGGUCGACGAAGCGCGCUCGGUAAUUCUAGCUGGAGGGACGAUGGAGCCCAUCUCGGACUUUCGCCAACAGUUGCUCCCCUUCGUGGCACCGGAUCGUCUCGUGACCUUCUCAUGCGGCCACGUCAUACCUCCAAGCAAUUUGAUGGUCUCUGUGCUAUCUGCAAGUCCCAAAGGCCAGCCCUUCGAGUUCAAGUUUGACUCGCGCGACAACACGGAGCUUGUGGACGAACUCGGCCGCACGAUCAUCAAUCUUUGCAACAUCAUACCCGCUGGGCUGGUCGUCUUCGUUCCCUCGUAUGCAUUCCUCGACAGAAUCAUGGCAAGGUGGAAGGAUGCAGGAUCAGGAGGGUUGCUGCAAAGGCUCGGCAGCAAGAAAAAGAUAUUUACCGAGCCCAAGACGACCAUGGCGGUGGACCAGGUGCUUGGUGAAUACACGGCUGCGAUACAGGGCAGCGGAGGCGCCAUCAUGUUUGCAGUCGUCGGUGCAAAGCUUUCGGAAGGCAUCAACUUCUCGGACGAUCUCGCAAGAGGCGUCGUGAUGGUCGGCAUGCCAUUCGCUAACAUGCACAGCCCCGAGCUCGCCGAGCGGAUGAAGUACGUGCGCGAGCUGGCCGCCAAGCACGACAUUUCUGGACGGGGCUCGGCUCCAGGAAAGGCGAUCGAUGCUGGUCACGAGCUGUACACCAAUCUCUGCAUGAAGGCCGUCAACCAGUCUAUUGGUCGAGCAGUUCGCCAUCAAAAUGAUUAUGCAGCGCUCAUCCUCCUAGAUCGUAGAUAUGCUCGACACGAGAUCAAACAACGUCUCCCGGGUUGGAUCCGCGAUCAAGUCAAGGUGGCCGACCGAUUCGGAGGCUUGGUUCAGCAGACCGCCUCGUUCUUCAAGAACCGCAAGACUUGA